AUGCAUCCCACGGAACCGCAACUGCAGGAAGGGGAAUGUCGGCCCACUGUCUCGACUCCAACGGCGACCUCUCGACCUGGCCAUCUUAUCGACGAAGCAAUCCAGCUCAACCUGAUCGUCUUGGCCUGGCUGCAAGACCUCCCUUCCUCUGCAGCCUUCGCGCCUUCCGAAACUUCCAAUUCCACAUCAACCGAGGCAUCGAUCGCCAACUCCGGCCCGUCCCUAUUUCACUCCGUCGACGCAAGCAUGCCGAAAGACGCACCGAAAACACCGCAGACCGGAAGGAGAGGGAGAUCCCGCAGAGGGCGGAAGCUCGCCGAGACAGACACCGACGACACCGAAGGGCUUCCCGACUCGCCCACCCCCCGCCGACCGACCGCACGCCCGACCGCACAGCGCGUAACCCGAGCCGCGUCAAGAGGAACCGAUCAAGGAACACAAAAGCGGGCACCCGCCGGCGGACGCGAGGGAGAACCCUCUUCGUCGUCCAGCAUGCUGCGAGACGAGGAGGUUGUUGGAGCAGCUACAACAGCGUCCUCGGUAUCUGCGUAUUCCAAGGUUUUCGAUCGGCUUCCGCUUCGGAUCGGGGGCAGCGCCACGCCGUCCCUGUCGACGACUUCAAGCCAAGGGGGGCUAGGCCGACGCCAGCGGAGUCCGGUCAAGGACGUCGUCGAUCUCCGCUUCGCUGCGAAGCCUAUUGAGCUGGGCCUGGCGCGCAACGCGCCAGCUUUUCCAGAGAGCGUCGAGCGCCUCUACAACAGGCUCAAAGAGAUCAAGGACGGCAAGAACAUCAUACCGGCUUCGAUCGAAAGGGAAGUGCUGGCUCGCGAGCGGGAGCUUCAAGGGCGCGAGACCGAGAUCAGCACCGACUCUAUGAGAAACGACUCCAGCGGGCCUGCCGCUCGGAAACAGUUCCUGGCUGAGCUGGAAAUCAUGUCGGACGUUGUCGAGCAGACCGUCACUGCAAUGCUGGAGAGAUGCUCCGAGGCUCACUGGAACGAGUGCGUCCACGGGCCCAUGUUGAGGGCGGCAGUUGGGAAAGCCAAUGACCCUGUCGUCGGUUCCUGGAACGUGACCUCCGCACGUAUCGCAGCGAAGUGGAUACCCCAGGACUCGGCCGGCGUUGACUUCCAAGACAGGAUGGUCGAUUAUUGUAUCGCCCUUUCCGACAAGGAGACUCGCGCGGCAUCCAAGGCUGCGGUCACCCGGAACAUGAAGGCUCUCGCCACGGAACGGACGAGGUCGAGUGCUAGUGAGACAUCCAGCAUAGCGAGCGGGGAGUCGGGGGCAUUGAAGCCCGGCAGCCGUAAACAGCCACCCGUACCCAGGCCCUCCGUCAAUCACAUCGACUACGCCCCCUUGCGGGAGCGCCCCAUCACCGUCAGCAUCGAGACUAAGAAGUCCCAGAUAUCGGGUGAUGAGGCCCUUGCACAACUGUCCGUGUGGGCGUCAUCUCACUUGGCCCGGCUGCGAUAUCUCUUUGACGACGAGCGCGGGGUGGUCAGCAUGCCGCUUCCGCUCGUGCAAAUAUCCGGGGACACAUGGCAGGUCCAUUUUGCUGUGGAUCGUGACGAGCGCAUCGACAUCUUGAAGGCGUUCGAUUUACAAGGAACGAGCACGCUUUUGGGCUGCUACAAGGUCUUUGCGAUGUUGCAGGCCCUGAGGGACUGGAUUCAGAAACUUAAGCGCUCCUUCACCAUCAUCUUGCAACGUCUCUGCGGGUUCGAUACAUCCGUCCAUCCAGCUCCGGAGUCGGCAACCGACCGCCCCACUUGCCCCGUUCCGCUCCGCCCAGGGUGUGUGGGGCAGCCGGAAGCCGGAGACUCCGAUGCCGAUGCCAGCACCGCCCGUCCCAGCCUCGACCCUACCGGAAAGUCAGAGCUCAGACGCGCCAUCUGGGACGAGCUCAUACAAGAAAAGACUCCUCCCUCUUCGCCCAUAUCUCCCAGCGCGUGGAAGAGGACCGCCGAUCCCGAUAUGUCCAACCUCUCCUUCACCUUCAGAGGCGACGAGGAUACGGUUCCCGAGGAGGCCGUCGACAAGAGCAUCGAGAACCAGAUAAAAUCCAUGCCCAUCUGGACAUCAAACUCCAAAAUACCCUUCAGCGACUCAACUUCUCAUCAAGAACGGCCUCAAAGUAACGGCAUUCAACGCAAGCUUCCCAGUGCGAUGCAGUCGACUCGGAAUCUGCUGAAGACAGCCAUCGUCUACAUCCGAAUCGCCUGCCGCACCAUCGCACUCGCACUCGCCCUCGUCCACUUCGGCAUCGGAAUAGCUUUGAUCGGCGACGUCGUUGGCUGGUUCGCGUGCCGGAACGCGGCAGCGUCUACGUCUGCUGGGGGAAACGCCGUUUGUCACGUUUACAACCAGAUUCAUUUCUCUUUGGCCUGUGUCAAAGACUUUCUUGGUGCUGUGAUGGAUGUUGUGGUGGCGGAUGCCUCUUCCAGGCGAACUGCUGUUAGUAGCAUCGGAUAA